CAAACCACUGGUGUUUUCAUAUGAUUUUCAUCUUCUUUGUCGCUCUCAAUGGUAUGUCUUAUAAAAUGUUUGGCCAACUCUUGUCGUCGUCUCUCACAUCGCAAUCAAUGUGUUUUCAUGUGUUGACAACAAUUUAAAGUUUUUUGCCCACAAUUUCUUACAUAUGAAGAGAGGGAGAAAAACACACAAAAAUAAAUAUGAAUUUCCAUAUAAUAAGCAAUAAAUAUAAUAAUUAUUUGAAAUAUACUCUAAUAUAUCUCAUCGCUGUUCACAUUCACAUAAUCAGAGCCCAAGAAGAGGAGAUAAUAGCGGACAUAACGAGUUCUAGUCAAUCGUCAUUGAGUGAUGUGAUCUGUUCACAGGCAUCCAAUUGCAGCAAGUGCAUUUCACACCCGCAAUGUGCCUGGUGCAUGUCAGUGAUCAAAACACUGCCCGGCAUAUCCCGGUGCGACUCAUCCGACAGUUUACUGGCCAACGGGUGUCCGGACGCCGAUAUCGUGAACCCGGCCUCGUCUGUAGAGAUUGUUAAAGAUGACAUUCGCAUCAAUCCAUCGCAAUCGCCCAUUCAAUUACAUCCACAAAAAAUUCAUUUACAUAUUAGACAAAACGAUGUGCAAAGAUUUCGCAUAAAGUAUGAACAGGUACUCGACUAUCCCAUAGACUUAUAUUACUUAAUGGAUUUGACUUACUCUAUGAAAGAGCAUAAGGAGCAACUGGUCGAACUGGCCGACAGUAUCGCCGUUCACAUGAAUAACAUCACCAAAUCGUUUCGGCUGGGGUUCGGGUCGUUCAUCGAUAAGGUGGUGAUGCCGUACGCGUCUAUGGUUCCGGCAAAGCUGGCCAACCCGUGUACUGACCAACAGGCCUGCGCCCCGCCCUACGGCUUCAGGAAUCACCUGCCGCUCAGUCAUAACAUAUCGCGUUUCGCUGUGGAGGUCGGCUCCACACCGCUGUCCGGCAAUCUGGACAACGCUGAGGGCGGCUUCGAUGCCAUUAUGCAAGUGAUUGUCUGCAGACAUCACAUCGAUUGGCAACAGUUGUCCCGUAAGAUCAUACUCUUCGCCACCGAUUCCACCUUUCAUUACGCGGGCGACGGAAAACUCGGCGGUAUUGUCGACCCAAACGAUGGUGAAUGUCAUCUGAGCGACGACGGCCUCUACACCGAGUCUAAGGCACAGGACUACCCAUCGUUGGCGCAGAUCAACCGAGUNGCGGUGGACACGAACGGGGCUUCUGUUGCGACGCCGGGAUGGUCGGGACCCACGUGCGAGUGCAGCACAUCAAAUAACACAUGCGUUUAUGACGACAAGUCGGAUAAGUUAUGCUCCGGACACGGAGACUGCCGGUGCGGCAAAUGCUAUUGCAAUGAAGGCUAUUACGGACAGAUGUGCGAGGAUUGUGCCAGUUGUGAGGGCCGGUGCAACGAAUUACAGCCCUGUGUUGAGUGCAAAGUAUUUAAAUCCGGUAAUUACUCGCCCGUUGAAUGUCGUGACAAAUGCACGUUUGACUACCAAAUCGACCCGUCAUUAGAGAGCCGAGAAGGCGACCGUCGGUGUGUCUACUUUGACAGAGAGGACUGUGCCGUCAGUUUUAACUACGAAUACACGGAUAACAAACUGUAUGUUAGGGUACGGGAGGAGAGGGAGUGCGCGGCGGCGGUCAACACGACAAUAGUGGUCGGAUCGGUGGCCGGAUCUAUAUUUGUGAUCGGAUUGAUACUACUAUUGAUUGGACGGCUUAUUAUAUGGUAUAAAGACAAGUUAGAGUGGGAAAAGUUUGAGGCCGAGGCCUCCAACACCAGAAAUGCUAUGGCAAAGUCUGAUACCGAGAUGAAUCCAUUAUUUAAGCCAGCGCGAACCAAUCAUGAAAAUCCCAUUUGUGUUGCUUAUGGCCGAUCGGUUCCCGAUAAGUACCAAUCGGGUGACGGAGAGGUAGAGUUUGUGUCGGGAUCUCCCGGUACUGAAGGUGAACCCGGAUAUGGAGGGCCCGGUUAUGGGGGACCCAGAAAUGUGUUUAAGGAUUGGAUGAAAUUUGUUCAAGGCUUCUUUAAAGAUGGUAAUUGGGAAAAUGGCGGUCCGGCAAACUUUGGCCGAUUUAUCGUGAUAAUCGCAUGGAUUGGUUGCGUUGCAUAUGGUCGAUCGGUUCCCAAUAACUAUCAAUCAGAUGAUGGAGAAGUAGAGUUUGUGACUCCCAAUAGUGAAUCUCCCGGUGGCAGACGUUUCCCCGGUUUCGGUGGAAGAGGUUUCCCAGGCUUUGGCGGUCGGGGCGGAGACGGCCCGGGCUCUGGCGGCCCUCGCAAUGUGUUCAGGGGUUGGAUGGACUUUAUUCGCGAUUUCUUUAAAGAUGGUAAUUGGGAAAAUGGUGGCCCUGGUAAUUUUGCCCAAUUUAUCGGUAAAUCGGUCACAAAAUUAGUAGAAAUGUUGACCAGAAAUAGAGAUGAUGAUUGAAAUUCCAGUCCAUAUACUGUAUAACAUAACACCUCAAAACUUGGGAUAUUUAAUAUAAUAAUGAAUGUGUAAAAUAUCUGAUUAUAAUAAUUAUAUUAAAUAAAAUUGUGAAUCAAGUGAACA